AUGGAGGGCGGGCAGGAGGAAGAAGUGAGGCGGGAGAUUGAUGCGGUCGCAAAUGAUUGCAGGGCAGGGCAGGGCAGGGCAGGGAAAGGAGGGCAGGCAGGCUGGCAAGCAGAGGGAGGGCUGGGGUCACAGGGAGGGCUGGGGUCACAGGGAGGGCUGGGGUCACAGGGAGGGCUGGGGUCACAGGGAGGGCUGGGGUCACAGGGAGGGCUGGGGUCACAGGGAGGGCUGGGGUCACAGGGAGGGCUGGGGUCACAGGGAGGGCUGGGGUCACAGGGAGGGCUGGGGUCACAGGGAGGGCUGGGGUCACAGGGAGGGCUGGGGUCACAGGGAGGGCUGGGGUCACAGGGAGGGCUGGGGUCACAGGGAGGGCUGGGGUCACAGGGAGGGCUGGGGUCACAGGGAGGGCUGGGGUCACAGGGAGGGCUGGGGUCACAGGGAGGGCUGGGGUCACAGGGAGGGCUGGGGUCACAGGGAGGGCUGGGGUCACAGGGAGGGCUGGGGUCACAGGGAGGGCUGGGGUCACAGGGAGGGCUGGGGUCACAGGGAGGGCUGGGGUCACAGGGAGGGCUGGGGUCACAGGGAGGGCUGGGGUCACAGGGAGGGCUGGGGUCACAGGGAGGGCUGGGGUCACAGGGAGGGCUGGGGUCACAGGGAGGGCUGGGGUCACAGGGAGGGCUGGGGUCACAGGGAGGGCUGGGGUCACAGGGAGGGCUGGGGUCACAGGGAGGGCUGGGGUCACAGGGAGGGCUGGGGUCACAGGGAGGGCUGGGGUCACAGGGAGGGCUGGGGUCACAGGGAGGGCUGGGGUCACAGGGAGGGCUGGGGUCACAGGGAGGGCUGGGGUCACAGGGAGGGCUGGGGUCACAGGGAGGGCUGGGGUCACAGGGAGGGCUGGGGUCACAGGGAGGGCUGGGGUCACAGGGAGGGCUGGGGUCACAGGGAGGGCUGGGGUCACAGGGAGGGCUGGGGUCACAGGGAGGGCUGGGGUCACAGGGAGGGCUGGGGUCACAGGGAGGGCUGGGGUCACAGGGAGGGCUGGGGUCACAGGGAGGGCUGGGGUCACAGGGAGGGCUGGGGUCACAGGGAGGGCACUGA